AUGUUGCUUCUCCCUGAAGACAUCAUUUUUGACAUCUUUGAACGAGUGGAUAUUGUUGAUUUAUUGCGCAUAUCAGAAUCUUCUCGUUACUUCAAUAGUCUGGCAUUAUACACUUUGUCUAUCAGACUGAACUCUCUCGAGCCACUCAAGCGGAUACGCAUACAGAAGAGGUGGGAUAUACAGAAGUUUAAGCUAUCCUCUAAGAAAUUAGAGAGCUGCUCCUCUAAUAACGUUAUCAACGUCAAUAACGAGGCAUUUAUAAGAUGUAGCGAUGAUAUCGUCGCAUGUACAGCUACACAGGUUAAUCCGGACGAAAUAAUACUAGCGACUUCAUAUUACAGUUCCGCACCAGCUAGCAGUGUCUAUAGUAUUAGUAUUAGUAGUCCUCAUAAAAUAAAACUAUUAUCUACAAUAUACCCCCAGAAAUGGAUAAACGCACAUUGCAUCUCAAUAGAUCACAAUCUCAUCGUUUAUGGCUCAUACACUGACGACAUACACAUUCUCAAUUACAAAUCAAAUAGGAUAUUGAUAAUAAAAAGGGGAUGUGAACAAUUACAACCAAUUGCGGCUAUUAGAUUAUUCAGUAAAUCACAUUUCAUCCUCGUCCUCACUCGUUCGUUUAGGCUGGAAAUUUAUGAAACACCACAGGACAUCUUGGAUAAUAGUAAUACGGUUGAGGACAAUGACUUAUCAUCUAUCAGAUCGUUCAACGAAUCGCAUAUGUUCCUUGAUAAUAAAAAAGCGUCAUUUGUUCAAUGUGACAGUAGACUUACCAAAUCAUUCGUCAAUACGCGUUUAUCAGGUAGUAGCAAUCUAGUCGAAGCCUCCAAAUUCUCACAAUCAUCAUCUAACGAUUCUAUCGACAAAACAGAAACAUGUUACCUCUUAUCAGUUUCGAAAACCCAUAUUCAUAGAACAGCAUUCAACUUUUCAGACAUCCGUAAUCCAAAAACAAUAGAGUUUCCAUUAUAUAGUACAAGAGAAUUUGACUUGAAUUUCAGUUCACUCUCUAAAGGAUAUACGCUCAGCGUGAAUGAAAAUACCUACUUUUUUUCGACAAUAUCUGGUGGACUAAAUCCUAAAUGCACGGUAAUCGAUAACAAUUCUAAUAUAGUAUUCCCACCAUCGGAUUGCGAGCAUAUGGGUAUAAUUACAGAUGGUGAUUUUGAUGAAAAUCAAGGAAAAGCAGUUUUUAGUACUAGUCAAGGAUAUAUCCAUAUAAUAGAUUAUCUCAACUGAGUAAAUUUCUUCUUAAUUGCAUUAUUGAUGUUGGGUCUUUCACUGAUAACUGGUGUAUUGGUGGUGUAAACGUCGGAAAUCUUUUUACGAGAUCGUUUUGAAUAAUUUCAAGCUGUUGUGUUAAUAAAUUUGUUGGAACGGUAUCAGAUUUUGUAAAUGCCAAUUGAAAUACCCAAUUUACAGCUGAUUCUUCCCUUUGUCGAUUCAGGUAGUCGAGAAAAGCAAGAUCACUGUCGAGUAAACCAUGCAUAGCAUUAAUAAGAACAACGAUUCUAUUCAAAUUCAUACGCGUUUCAAUAUACUCUUCUAUUAUAUUACCCCAUACGUCCCUACCCAUACUACCAUAUCCUGGUGCAUCGACUAGAGUUAAUUUACCAUUACAAGUUGAGAAAUAACCCAAAUGCUUUGUAUGUCCUGCGUGUCUACUCGUACUGACGAGAUCCUUCGUCGAUAAAAUGCUAUUGAGAAGACUAGAUUUACCGACGUUUGAUCUACCAACGAAGAGAACUUCAGGCGAACGUGAUUUCUGUAUAUUCUUCCAAUUAACUUGUUUUAUAUUACUAGUGAACAAUUUUUGUAACUGCUUAUUUGAUAACAUAAUGGUUAGAAACAAACCGUCAUGCCCCAAAUUG